AUGAAAAAACUCGGAGUUAGUAACAAAGCAAAUGCUAAUUUUACUCAGAUAAAAGGGCCGGACCCUAUUUUUAAAAAUCCAAUAGAAUUCAAUAAGAAUUUAAGGAGGUUAAGUUUUUUAAAUAAUAAAGAUGAAGAUUUAAAUAAAUCUGAAAAAAAUAAAGUUAAAGAAAUAAAUGAUGUUUUUAAAAAUUGCAUGGCAGCAUUAUCUCAUAAUAAGAUAUGCACUAGGAAUGCUUUUGACAUACGAAUUAUAGACCAUUUAGAAGAUUUAGUAAAUUUAAAUGAUGAAGAAAUAAAUGAAGAAUUAAAUGAUGAACUGCUAGAAACAGGGGAUUUCAAUUUAUCUUUUACAAGGGCAUCUAAAGCUAUUGAAGGAGCAACAAAAGUUUAUGGUUAUAGGGUCGAGGCAAUUUAUGAUCAGACAUAUAAUUUUAUAUCAAAUAUGAAUAUAGCAAAAAAAAGUGACACAAAUGACGAUGUUAUUGAUGAAAAAAAACAUGUAAAUGAAAUUACAAAUAAAAAAAUGAAAAAAAGGAAAUUGGAAUUUUUUCAAGAAUCUUCAACAUUAGCUAAACCAUCAGAUAUAACUAUAGAAUCAGUAUCUGUAUCAAAUAUAUCAGUUGAUACAUUUUUUUUAAAACUAAAUAUUACAUAUGACCAUUCAGCAGGUAUUAGUUAUUUGCUACCUAAUUUGACUUUAAACAAUGACUUAUCCAUACAAUUUGAUGGUGACAUAGACACGUGUGAAUACAAGAAGAAAAUGAAAUUUGAAGAAAAAUUGGGGAAACAAAAUAUCGAAAGAAGGAAUGAAAAAAAUUUGGGAUCAAACGAUGAACUGAAUGAUAUGCUUCAAAAAAAUGAAUCGCCUGUCAAAGUAGGCGAGUAUGUAACUUUCAAUGACAAUGAUAAGAUAAUGGCAAGAGAAUAUAAAAGUAAACUAUACACAAAUUCUGAUAUACUUCGAGAAAUGUUUUGUGGGAAUGAAAUUGAAGAGUUUAACAAUUUAAAUAUAUGUCCAGAGUUAGAUUAUUUUAAAGAAGAAAUAAAAAACCUUAAAUUGAAAAGAAGUGAUUCUAAAACAUUAGAUGAUGAAGAUAUUGAUAAUUAUAAUGAAGAUGAUGAUACAGGAUUGGAUAAAUUCUCUAAAAAAAAAAACGAACUAAAUUUAGAUGAAAACAUGUCCAUGGAUAAUUUAUUAGGUGACAUGGAUGGUAAUAAUAAUGACGAUUGUAACAAUGAAAAUAUGAAUGAUAAUGGAAAUUAUGGAGAUAAUAAUAAGAUAUUAGAAAGUUCUUUUAAUAAUAAUUUAAAUUUUGAUGAUUGUAAUAUUGAUGAUUUAAACAUAGAAAAUGUAAUGCAAGAAUCGAUGGCUUUUGACAAUAUGAAUUUAAAUGAUUCAUUAAAUAAUAAUUUGAAUUUAUCUCAAAAUAUGUUAUCAUUACACCACAAUAGUAACAUACUAGGUGGUAAUAUUCCAUUACCUGAACUUAUGAAAAGUGAAAAUAAGGAUUUUAGUCUUAUAAAUUCUUUUACUGGAAAUUUUAAUUUUUCCAGCCAAAAUAUGCUAUUUAAAAAUCAAGAUAAAGGCUCACCAUCAAAACCUAAACAUAUGUUAUCAAUUAUUCCAGAUGAUGAUACAUUAUGGAAUCGUCAAGCUAUAUCUUUUGAAAGUAGGUUAAAUGCAAUUGAUGUUAACAGCAAAUUUAACUAUCAUUAUUAUAAUCCUAGUAAAUUAAUGAUUAAUGGAAAUUUUUCAAACUUAAUGAGUAUGGCAAAAGCUGCUUUUAAAAAUAAGCAAGGGCCACUCAAUGCACUUGCUAAUAAAAAAUUAAAAACAUCUUUUGAUAUAACUGAUAUUAAUUUUGAAAAUCUAUAUAUUGAGGUAAAUGAUGUAGAAUUGUCUGUUUAUGAUUUAUGGAAUAAAGAAAAGAAAAAAUAUAUUUCUAAUUCGCUUUUUGCUAUUGAUCAAACAUCAUAUAUAUUUGAAACGAAAGAUAAUUGUAUUAAUUGUGUAAAUACAGUUAUAGAUAGAAUAAUGAAAUUUGCGAGAUCCCCAUUUAUAGAAUCGCAAAACUUUAACACUGAUAUUAAAACAAAUGUAAUACUAAACGAAAUUAAUAACGAUUACAUAGGAAAUGAUUUGGAUCAAAUUAAUAAUUUCGAACGUAGACAAACUGAAAAUAUGUUUAUGGAUAAUAUGGAUGAUGGACAGGAUUAUCAAAUGCAUGAAGGAUUGAAUGAUUCUAUAGAUAAAUUUUACAACAUGAACUUUGAGGAUAUUUGGCAAAAUGAAAAUAAAAACGAUAUAACAAAAUUUGGAAGUAAAAAUGAUAACACUUCUAUCUUUCAACUACAUCAAAGCAUUGGUCAUGCGAAUUCAUUAGGAAGUGUAGUAGCUCCUGAUAAUUUGCCAAAAUUCGUUGACGUUUCAAAAAUAAAGAAAAUACUUUUCAACAUUGUCAAGCCUGACGAAAAUGAGGAAAACGCUGAAAAUGAGAACGAGGAAAACAAGAAAAAUAGUGAUUCUAGCAAGCAAAUUGUUCCUUAUGAAGGAGAAAAAACUACCACCUUCAAAAACAUCAUUAAUAAGACAAAAACAAAAUUAACUGAAUCCGAAGUAAACGGGACAUCCAUUCAUAUGCUUUUUGUGUGUCUAUUAUAUACAUGCAACGACCAAGAGCUGCUUCUUGAAAAAAUAGAAAACGACGAAGAUUUUUACGUUCAUUAUGGGUUGCCUGUAGAAUUUCACAUUAAGCAAGAUGACACUCGGAUGCUUAAGAAUUGA